GCUUCUCAUAGGUGGGGUUUUACAGAGGGAAGUAGCAGUUCUGCCUCGCUCUGUUUUCUCGCAGUGGUUUGAUGUGCUGCUGUCAAGGUUGGGAGAGGCUUUUCCAGCUGGGGGUUUCCUGUGUGUGUAUAAAAGAUGAAUAAUCCCAUACCUUCCAACUUGAAGUCUGAAGCAAAAAAAGCAGCUAAAAUUUUAAGAGAAUUUACAGAAAUAACAUCCAGGAAUGGACCUGACAAGAUAAUACCUGCCCAUGUGAUUGCUAAAGCAAAAGGCCUCGCAAUAUUGUCGGUGAUCAAGGCUGGGUUUUUGGUAACAGCUCGAGGAGGCAGUGGGAUUGUAUUGGCUCGUUUGCCUAAUGGAAACUGGUCUGCUCCUUCUGCAAUAGGGAUAGCUGGUCUUGGUGGUGGAUUUGAAAUUGGAAUUGAGGUAUCUGACCUUGUAGUAAUACUGAACCAUGAAAGAGCUGUUGAAGCAUUUGCAAAAGGUGGCAAUCUUACCCUGGGAGGAAAUUUUACGGUGGCCAUUGGGCCUAUGGGGAGGAAUCUAGAAGGUGAUGUAGCCUUAAGAAGCUCUGCUGCUGUCUAUACUUACUGCAAAUCUCGAGGGUUAUUUGCAGGUGUGUCUUUAGAAGGAAGCUGUUUAAUUGAAAGGAAGGAAACAAACAGCAAAUUCUAUGGUAUGGACAUCCGUGCAAGUGCCAUUCUGUUUGGUGACCUACCACCUCCUCCUCAGGCGCAAGAUCUUUAUGAUAUUCUUCAGUCUUUUACUCUGCAAUAUGAAACUCUGGAGCGGAGAAAUUAUGGAUUGGCACCAGCUGUAAAGGAACCAAGAAAGACUAAUGAGCACUCCUCAAGGCCACAUUCACGGAGGACUUCUGAAAACUCCACGCCAGAAGCUGUAACCGCACCAAACAGACUUUAUCCCGAGCUUCCCCGUUACUCUGAGCUUCCCAGUUACUCGGCUGCAGUGGGAAACUCUUCUACCAGUCCGAUGAUGGCGACAGCAAUGUAUCCAUUUAAAGGACAACAGGCAGGGGAUUUGACUUUCAAGACUGGAGACCAAAUCAAGAUCACAAUGAAAACAGAUUCACAGUUUGAUUGGUGGGAAGGAUAUUUACAAGGCAGGACUGGCAUUUUCCCUGCCAAUUAUGUCACAAUGAACUAAAGAUAAAGCAUAUUAAAUGGGGUUAUUAUUGAAUUUACAUACUUCUGAAAUAUGCAACAGAUUAUCACUUGUAUUAGAUGAUCUAGUGGAGCUGUGUACAGAGGAGUCACAGGGAGGCACCCCUCCCAAACAUAAGUGCAUUUAUAGGCAACGCAAAGAGAUAUUGCAUGGAAAGAGAAGUUAAUGAAUGCCUCCCUGUCCUUAGCCAGUCCACCUUUCAUGCCUUAUGGAACAGCUGGGUGGGGAGGCACUUCUGGGUCUCUCAUUCUCUACAAGUACCUUUUCCUUUCACGGGGGAAACAGAUGUUGAUUUCCAUGGGACUUCUUUGUGCCUGAAAACUGUGCCUAUGCUUGUUUGUAUUCAACCUUAUUAACAGAUUUUUUUUUUGUCAAUAUUUUCAGAAAUACUUUUUCUAUAAUUUUGUUAAUGGAAGAAAUUACAGAAUUGAUCAAAAUAAUCUGCACAUGGAAUGAUGCAUUUAAUAUAUUAUGUGUAUUAUAACAUUUUUCAUUAAUAGUGCCUAACAAAAUUUUAUUUCUUGCCAAUGUGUCAAAUUUUAUUUCUUGCCAAUGUGUCAAAAUAAAUAGGUAUUUACAGUGGACACAUUAAGCCUUAAAUUGCAAUACAGCAGAAGUCAACUCAACAGGAAGGCAGUCUUUUAUUUUGUUUUUAAUCUGAUUUUCACGUCUGUUUUUUACACUGGCUUCCAAACCUCUCUUAGCUGCCCCCCUCCAACUCUGCUCCUUGUCUGGAACUGCUACUAGAAAUUUUCAAAGGUCACAUUGAGUAUGACACUCGUCCUGUAUAAAAGUUAAUAAACACUUUAACGAUU